GUAAUUUGCCCCAUUUUUAUUCAUCGGAAUUGCCCGAUCAUACAUCCAGGAAACUGCCUCACUUUCGUCUGCCCGACACGUUACGCCACCUCGGCGCGUGUAUUCACGCCUCAGCCUCCGCACCGACACGAACCUGCCCCCCGCCGCACGUUGCUAACGCGUACCCCUCUCUUCUCUCUCACGCGCGCGCGCGCUCAUUUAUUUACCUAUUCAACUUAUGCUCUCUAGAAUCCCGAUCUCUCGGCUCUCGCUUGCUCCCUCUCUGCGAAAUCCUUUCCUUUGAGACUCCCGAUCUUUCUUCGCUGCUAAAUCUCUCUUUGUAAGCAACUGCUCCUCUCUUUUCCGUGUUAUCUUUGGCCAUUUCUACUGAUUUUCUGGUUUGAUUGUCACGUCCUUUUAUAUUGCUCCAAAAUGAGAUCCAUUCAUUAGAGUUAGACACAACAGACUCGGCCAUUGUAAUUCCUGCGGUUUUUGCGCUCCUAGUUUCGCAAAACAGUGUUUUUGUCUCGAUGUUCCAUUGAAGUAGUUGUGGGAGGGUGACUUGGGUUUUGGGAUUUUGAUUGGAAUUGGAAUGAAAUGAGACGCCGCCCUCCGGCGAGCGUUCUCCCUGAGCCAAUGGAGAAAGGAACGGCUAAGAACCAUAAUUCUCGGCUUUGCUGUUUGGCAUCCUUGUCUGGUUUCUUGUGGUUUCUGUUGCUGUACUUUCAUUUUGUUGUGCUUCGAGGUGGUGAUGUUGAUCAGUCCACUAAAUUACAACCCGGUCCUAUUAACCAUGAAUCUACCCCGUUCCAUGUAAGCGAUGCCCGUCUUGUGCAAAGUCCACCGAGAAAGAUUGGAAUCCAAGAUGUUCCUAGUCCACCAACUAACAAUGUCGCUCCUGAGGUUCAAAGCCCUGAAAAGAAUUACCCCUUUAUGAGAGCAAUGAAGACUGCUGAUAACAAGAGUGACCCCUGUGGAGGGAGGUAUAUUUAUGUCCACGACCUUCCCUCCAGGUUUAACGAGGAUAUGUUGAAAGAGUGCAGGAGUUUGAGUUUAUGGACUAAUAUGUGCAAGUUCACCACUAAUGCUGGCCUUGGUCCACCACUCGAGAAUGUUGAAGGUGUGUUCUCAGAUACUGGGUGGUAUGCUACAAAUCAGUUUGCUGUGGAUGUAAUAUUCAACAAUCGGAUGAAGCAGUAUGAAUGUUUGACAAAAGACUCCUCAAUUGCUGCAGCAAUUUUUGUUCCCUUCUAUGCUGGGUUUGAUAUUGCACGGUACCUAUGGGGCUACAAUAUUUCAAUGAGGGAUGCAGCUUCGCUUGAUCUGGUUGAUUGGCUUAUGAAGAGGCCAGAGUGGGGCAUAAUGAAUGGCAGAGAUCAUUUCCUUGUUGCGGGACGAAUAACUUGGGAUUUCCGGAGACUGACUGAUGAAGAGUCAGACUGGGGCAGUAAACUUCUGUUCUUGCCAGCAGCUAAGAAUAUGUCCAUGCUUGUGGUUGAAUCCAGUCCCUGGAAUGCGAACGAUUUCGGUAUUCCAUAUCCAACAUACUUUCACCCUGCAAAAGAUGCUGAUGUGUUCAUUUGGCAGGAUAGAAUGAGGCGUUUGGAGAGGAAAUGGCUUUUCUCAUUUGCUGGAGCUCCACGUCCUGGCAACCCCAAGUCGAUAAGGGGGCAGAUAAUCGAUCAAUGCAGGCAGUCGCAGGUUUGUAAGCUGCUGGAAUGCGAUUUUGGUGAAAGCAAGUGUCAUUCUCCCAGCAGUAUAAUGAAGAUGUUUCAGAGCUCCUUUUUCUGCUUGCAACCCCAGGGUGAUUCAUACACUCGAAGAUCUGCCUUUGACUCAAUGUUGGCUGGUUGUAUACCUGUCUUCUUCCAUCCAGGUUCCGCAUAUACGCAAUACACUUGGCAUCUUCCUAAGAAUUAUACCAAGUAUUCCGUCUUCAUUCCAGAGGACGAUAUUCGUAAGAGGAAUGUCAGUAUAGAGAAUAGGCUUAAUGAGAUAUCUCCGGAGAAAGUAAAAAUCAUGAGAGAGGAAGUCAUUAGUCUAAUACCAAGACUAGUAUACGCUGAUCCUCGCUCUAAACUGGAAACUCUUAAAGAUGCCUUUGAUGUUUCUGUGCAAGCAAUUAUUGACAAGGUUUCAAAUUUGAGAGAAGAUAUCAUUGAAGGUCGUACAGAUGAAAACUUCAUAGAGGAGAAUAGCUGGAAGUAUGCACUGUUGGAAGAGGGACAGCGCGAGGUAGGACCUCAUGAAUGGGAUCCUUUCUUCUCGAAACCAAAGGAUGGUAGUGGAGAUUCCAAUGAUUCCUCUGCAGAAGCUGCAAAAAAUUCUUACAAAAGUGAGCAAAGAGGUCAAUCAUGAAAAGAGAGGUGAAAUGCAUGUGCAGGGCCCUGAGAUAUUGUUUAAUAGAAACUCAGAAAUGCUUUCCCUGCAUUAGGAAAGAAUUAUAGGUACAAAUUGCGGUUGAUAUCUUGGUAUGCUUGCUACAGAUGACAGGCCUGCCUGUAAGCCCUGAAGAGAAAUUUUCCACUUUAUACAUUUUUGUUAUGUAGUUCUUUCCCAAUUUCUGCAUCUGCAUUCUCCUUCGGCGGGUUCCCACGAAAGAAUUUUGCCAGUUUAAUGAUUUCUUUGAAUUGAUGUCAUUCUUUUGUUAAGUUGAGUCACGUAGGAAAUAAAAACGAAGAUUGAGUUCGUGAUUAUUUGUAAACUUGAGCCAAUUCCACCAUCUUUUUCUUUUCACUGACUGCAGUGAAGGCAUGGGAAUUUCAGCAAGUUUUUUGCUUGAA